AUGCAGCUCCUAAGGGCAAUAGGAUUCUUCCGAGGAAACAUUUUAAUCUUAAGCGCCACAAUAGGGGCAGGAAUCUUUGUGUCUCCGAAAGGGGUAUUAAAAUAUUCCUCACUGAAUGUGGCCGUCUCCCUGAGUAUCUGGGCGGCUUGUGCAGUGCUGACUUUGGUCUCCGCUCUCAGCCACGCAGAGCUGGGGACGACCUUCCCUAUAAGUGGGGCACAGUAUUAUUUCCUCAAAAGAUCUCUUGGAGCCUCCGUUGCUUUCCUCAAUCUUUGGAUCAAACUAUUUACUCAUCCCUUAAGGCUAGCUACUGAAAGCUUGUUAUUAUCAACCUAUACAAUUCAGCCUUUCUACGCCGGGUGCCCAGCUCCAGAGCUACCAAAAAGGUGUCUAGCAUUGGCUGUUUUGUGGUCUUUGGGACUUCUAAAUGCUCGAGGGGUGCAAACUGUGGCUUGGCUUCAAACCGUCAGUACUUUGGCGAAGAUGACUGUCCUCUGCUUCAUUUGCCUCACUGGGAUCGUGCUGUUAGGGAUGGGGGAAAAGGAAAACGUGGCCAGGUUCGAGAACGCUUUGGACGCUGAGCUUCCUGACGUCUCACAGAUUGCAGAAGCCUUCCUACAAGGAUUAUUUGCGUAUUCUGGCACGUCGAUCCUGAACAGCAUGGCAGGAGAGAUAAAAAAUCCUGGUAAGAACAUUCCCAAAUCUCUGAUGACUGGCAUUCCCAUGGUGGCUGUGGUUUACUUACUGGCUAACGUAUCCUACCUGGCAGUUUUGACUCCCAAGGAAAUCGUCUCUGCAGAUGCCGUUGCUCUCACCUGGACGGACAAAAUAAUGCCUUCUAUGCAAUGGGCCAUUUCUUUCGGAAUUUCAACCUCAGUAUUUAGCUCCAUGUGCUGCACAGUGCUUUCAGCGUCACGGAUGAUCUACACAGCAAGCCAAGAAGGACAGCUGCCAUUGAUCUUCUCGAUGCUCAAUAGCCACUCCUGUCCAACCAUGGCUGUUACCCAGAUAAUCAUCUUAACUUCCAUUGUUAUUAUAACAUCAGACUUAAUCAAUUUAAUAAGAUAUUCAGGACUAGCAUUAUGGUUUUUAAGAGGGCUACAUAUGAUAGGUUUACUUAAACUAAGGUACCAGGAACCCAACCUACCUAGACCUUACAAGGUGCCUUUGCCAUUUAUAUUUGGAUCCAUAGCUAUAUCUUUGUUUCUGAUUUUGACGCCAUUGAUUAAAACUCCUAAAAUGGAGCAUGUUUAUGGGCUUAUCUUUAUAAUCAGUGGACUCUUGUGUUACUGGAUUCAGGUUCAUCUUAAUCAACGUUCUGUGUAUUUUGUCAAAGUCACCUGUUAUUUACAAUUACUGUUUAAUGUUUCACCACCUGAAGACCACAUUUCAACAGAAAAACGUGAUCUUAAAGAAAUCUUCUUGUAA